ACUUUUAUCUACUCCUAUUGAAUUAUAUAUUCAUUAUUCAACUGAUUCUGAGGAAUUAAUAGUCUCUGUUAACCAAAGCCGUGAGUUAUAAUAACUCACUGCUAUAAAUCACUAUUAUAUUAAUCAGAAAAGAUGGCUCUGUGCUUCCAUACUUCUGUGCUUCUAUUUGAUUGGUCGAAAGGGAACAUUCCAUUUUGAUAUUGAGGGGAGGAAGGUCAAUUUAAUAAUUUUGACGUUUUCAAAUUGAAUUGAUAACUAAUUAUUCUGAAAGUUUUGCUGAAAAAGAUGAAUUCAGAUAGUGAAGUCGAAUUACUAUGUACACCACCAGAAAUAAGACAAGCAGCUAACGAUACAAUACAGAAUUUAUUGCCAGAAAAAUCCCAGAACAAAUAUAAAACUGUAUACAAAAAUUUUCAAGAUUGGUGUAGCAAUAAGAACAUCAAGUCAUUUACAGAGAAUGUUCUUUUGGCGUAUUUUAGUGAACUUAGCACAAAAUAUAAACCAUCGUCUUUAUGGACUUUCUACUCCAUGCUAAGAAGCACACUGGACUUAAAUAAUUCAAUCAAUAUAGAGAAUUAUUCAAAAUUACGUGCGUUUCUCAAACGACAAUCAGAAAAACAUGUAGCAAAAAAGGCAAAAACUUUUACGCCAGAACAACUUAAUAAUUUCAUAAACGAAGCUCCCGAUGAGAAAUAUCUGGCGACAAAGGUUGCUUUAAUAAUGGGCAUUAUGGGUGCUUGUCGUGCAGCAGAAUUGCACUCUAUGCAAAUAACAGAUUUAGAAGAUCAUGGAUCUAUUUUUAUGGUCAAUGUACCAAACACAAAAACAAAAAUUGCCAGAAAAUUCACUGUUACGGGAAAUUUUUAUACAAUCGUAAAGAAAUAUUUAAAUCUUCGUCCUACAGAUAUAUCGCAAACGAUAUUUUUUCUUAAAUUCCAAAAUGGAAAAUACCACUCACAUAGAAUUGGAAUUAAUAAAUUUGGAGCAAUGGGGAAAGACAUUGCCACAUUUUUAAAAUUACCCGACUGUAAUUUAUAUACAGGGCAUUGUUUUCGCCGCUCGUCGGCAACUUUAUUAGUAGAUGCUGGAGGAGAUAUAACGGCACUGAAACGCCAUGGCGGUUGGCGAUCAACUACUGUGGCUGAGGGGUAUAUUGAUAAUUCUGAAAAGAAUAAGGCAGAUACUGCAAAUAAAAUAUACAGUUCUAUAACACCUCAACCAGUUAGUACCUCAACAAAAUAUAUGCAACAAACAGAAACAGAAACAAUCAACUUGCAAAAUUCAGCCCCACAUAUUCAGUUCAAUGGUUGUUCAAACUUUACUGUCAAUUUCAUUAAUAAAUAAACAUGUUAAGUAAUUACAACUGAAAUUUUUAUAGCAUUGAGACUAUAAGAUUUGUUAAUAAAGUUCUUUAUUUG